GACGUCCACGUUUAUCUCUGCUGGGACAUAAAAGUGUUAUCCAGUCUGGCAAAACAUUAUUACAAUUUACAAGAUAUAUACUCCCUCUGUUCUAGCGGAUUGUAUAGUUCAUCUUGAACGAAACUGACGUUUGAGUCAGAUUUGUUGCUAGACCGUAUAAGUAUUCCGAACGUCUUUGAUCAUCAUUUGGAGUGAUUUUUGCAUAAAAAAUGACGAGAGCAGAGGUAAUCUUUAUCCCUGCACCUGGAGUUGGUCAUUUGGGAUCUACAGUAGAGGUUUCAAAGCUCCUUGUCAGUCGAGAUGAUCGGAUUUCCAUUACCAUCAUGAUAAUGAAUCCAUCUUCUGACUCCACCAUUGUUGCCUUCACUCAGAACCUUAAGAAAGAGGCUCUCGACAGAAUAGCCUUUGUAGACAUCCCUGCUCCGGACGAGACGACUAUGGCAGGGCUCAUGUCUAAGGGUCACCUGAAUUUCCUCAUGUCUUUUAUUGAGUGCCAGAAAGUGCAGGUGAGAGAUAUGGUUGCGUCGAUUAUGAGUCGGUCCCAAUCUUUUAAGCUGGCUGGAUUUGUCAUUGACAUGUUCUGCACACCAAUGAUAGAUGUUGCAAAUGAGUUCAAUGUCCCUUCAUAUGUUUUCUUCACUUCUGCUGCUGCUUCUCUUGGCGUUAUGCUUUAUAUUCAGAGCCUCAAAGACAAUGAAAACCUGGAAAUUAAUGAUUUAGAUGUGGAGCUGUCUAUCCCUAGUUUCUCUAAGCCGGUUCCUGCUAAGGUUUUGCCUUCGGUGAUGCUAAGCAAGGAUGGAUCUGACAUGAUUGCAAGUAUUGCUCGAAGAUUACGUGAGACCAAAGCUAUUGUGGUUAAUACGGUGUUGGAACUGGAAGCUCAUUCAGUUAAGUCCCUUGGUGAUGAUGAGAACACCCCUGCGAUCUACCAUGUCGGCCCCAUUAUUAAGUUAACGGAUGGUGAGUCGACUUCUAGGGAGACCAUUAAGGGCUGGUUGGACAGCCAACCACCAUCAUCUGUAGUAUUUUUGUGCUUUGGGAGCAUGGGAAGCUUUGAUCCAGAGCAAGUAACAGAGAUAGCAUGCGCGUUGGAGCUCAGUGGACAGCGUUUUCUAUGGUCCCUUCGGAGCCCAUCACAAGAAAAGGAAACAAUGGCACUGCCAAAAGAUUAUGAGAAUUACAAUGGUGUACUGCCAGAAGGAUUUUUGGAGCGAACAGCAGAAAUAGGAAAAGUUAUUGGGUGGGCACCGCAGGUGACUGUUCUUUCCCAUCCGUCCGUGGGAGGUUUUGUAUCCCACUGUGGGUGGAACUCGACAUUAGAGAGUAUAUGGUUUGGGGUACCAAUGGCUGCUUGGCCUCUGUAUGCCGAGCAACAACUAAAUGCAUUCAAGUUGGUGAAGGAGCUAGGAUUCGCAGUGGAAAUUAAAAUGGAUUACAAAAAAAACGAUGUUGGUCCGACUGUACUUGUGAAGGCAGAAGAGAUAGUUAGGGGCAUAAGGUGUCUCAUGGAUGAAGAAUGUGAGAUGAGGAAGAAAGUGAAAGAGAUGAAAGACAUAUGCAGAAAGGCAAUUGCAGAAGGCGGCUCUUCGUAUAAUUCAGCUGGACAGUUUAUUGAGGACCUAAUAGAUAACAUCCCUGAGAUAGAAUUCAGUCAGAGACAGAAUAUGGAAUGUGGUAAAGUGUCAUGCAGUAAUAGAAAAGUUAAGAAGAAGCAAGUGAAGGAUGAGUUGGAUCGCAUCAGACAGGCUGAAAAGAAAAAGAGACGCUUGGAAAAAGCGCUAGCUACUUCUGCAGCAAUUCGUUCUGAACUUGAAAAGAAGUUGCUGAAAAAGAAAGAAGAACAGAAAAGGCUGGAUGAGGAAGGGGCUGCAAUUGCUGAAGCAGUCGCCUUGCAUGUUCUACUUGGUGAAGACUCGGACGAUUCAUGUAAAAUCAUGCUGAAGAAGAAUGAAGAGUUCAAACCUUUGGAUAGUGCUGGAAAGUUUGACUUUUUUGGGGGUGGAAAUAGAAGAGGUCUUCCUCAUGAAGAACUGCGGAUACGUUCAGUGGAAGGAGCUGAUAGGUUUUCUAAUGUGUGCAGAUCCGGAUGCACAUUGAACGGUUACAACAAUAAUGGGUGGACAGUCCCCACUGAACCUUUUAUAAGGGAUGAUAACAUGACAUAUAUCGAUAAGCAAGGUUGGGAGGUUAAAGAUAUCUCUGCAGGUGUCAUAGCUGCGCAAGCUGUUUCAUCACUUAAAAUUACAGAAGACUCGCGUGCAGACAACUUCCUUUUCAACCAGAUGCUUAGAGGCUAACAUAGAGAGCAUCUGUUGUUUCCGUCCGCUUGUCUUUGUAGUUGAGAUUGUAUAAGAUUGUCUUCUCAAUGGUGUUUAAUAGAUCUUUGCUUUAAACUUACCAGUGCAGUUUAUCAUAUAUUGUUCCUGUAUUGGUGACAACAUGUUUCAGUGAUUUUCUUAGAUAUUUUCCGUCACAUUGGUUUUUUCUUCGUGGUGCUGGAAUCUCUUCACCAACCUGAAGUGAUUAUGCAACUUUGUGAUUUCAGUGAAGUUCAAUGUACCCUUUUUUUUUUC